CUUGUCUCUACCAGAACUUAUAUCCACUCAAACACCUGCUGCCGCUGCCGUUUAGCUAUAUCAUAGGAGGCUCGACCAGGGUGAAGGCAGAUGUCGACCAGGGUAAAGGCAGAGGUCGAUCAGGCCAUGAAGAGAGGUCGGCCGGGGCAUGGAAAGGAUCGGUUGAACCACCAUCGAGGCAGGGCGACAGGAUCUCCAUCGAAUCUGCUCUUCGUCACUUUUUUUCCCACCUGAUUUUGGCCAUGACACCUAUCGUCAUUUCCAUCGAGAACUGGGGUGACGCAGACAGUCUGACAUUACCCGAGUCAUGCCUUAUUCGCUUCUCGUUGUCCGACGAACAUCAUUCCGAAAAGUUUGAGAUCAGUAUCUCGACUUUGGAGGUGGAUCAUGGCAAGUUCGUGGACUGCAGGUCCCGAUCGUGGCCAUGCUGUCCACACUCCGACUUAGUCGUGCCUCAAGAUCGUAUCCGCGGCUUUUACUUGCAGCGUUUUCCUGUCGGUGGUUUUAUCGAUCAUGGGCAAGUCGCCAGACAGUAGGCGUUCUCCUUUCUUGCUAACGCCACAGGCACCAUCGCUACGACGCACUUGCUACCCGCACUGCUGCUUGUCGAUUGUCUGCGCGAUGGCCCGAAGCCUGUUCGAAUAUGGCCAGCCACGCACCUCUGACAGCAAAUAGUUCCGCAGCCAGGGAUGACCGACGAUUUGUCGCGCGCAUGAUUCAGAAAGUUGAACAAGGCAGCCGUCUGGCCUUGACCGGCGCGACGAAGCAGGCCGGUGAGCAGGCCGGCGAGCUGCGAAGUGCGAUCAUGCAGUACCGUGAUGGGAUAUCUGCAACUCAGGACUUUGAAUACAGGUUGGAUGGGCUGAGCAGGCUUCUCCAAAACAUAGAAGGGCAGAUCCGAGCGAUGAAGAGUGAAGCUAUGAACGGGCUGCACUGGCGAGUCCGGUUCCUUUCAGACUGUGUCGGUGUCGUCAAGCGGAAUCGGUGCGCGUUGAAGAAUCCAGAGGAUAUUGACCAGGCCGAGUACCAACGGAGGCGGCGGGCCUCGGCGAAGAUGCUGAAUAGGAUCGUGUCGGGGCUCGUGCCUCGUCUUGGGGCAUACGCCCUCGUCCUAUAUUCUGCUUUGGAGG